AUGAAUUCUCCAAUAAUAAUUCAUCUUGAACGUGAAAGUUUUGAUCAACAAUGGGGUUUUCAUCUUCAAGGUGGUAAUGACUGUCCAUCCCAUUAUCGAUUCAAUUGGUAUGUCAAUCCAAAUACACUAGCACAUAUAAACGGUUUAAAUGCAGGUGAUCAAGUUAUAUCAAUCAAUGGUCGAAAUGUGACUAAUCUUACUCAUCAAGAUGUUAAAAUGGAAAUAGCACGGUCUGGUAAUGAACUUGAAUUAACUGUUAUCAAAGGAGCAAUUAAUCAACAAUCGAUAUCAACACCUCAAUCGUUUUCACAAACAAAAAUAGGUUCUGUACAUCAAAUGCCAAACCUACGAGUUGUUAAAAAUAAUUCCACUGUAUCAAAUUAUCCUCAAACUCAUCUUAGUAGUAAUCAUAAUCGAACAGCAAUGCAAUUCAAUGAACGAACAGAAAAAUCAAUGAAUCGACAAUCUAGUGAUUAUACACAUGAAAUUCCUGAACAUUUACGUCCAAAAGUUACAAAUUUUGAAUCAUCAUCAGCUUAUAAUCGAGAUCCACUUCAACGUGAAAUGUGGAGACCAAAAGCAUAUAAAUCACAAACAGGAAAUUUAAUUGAUGAAAUUAAAGGAAAUAAUCUUUCUCAAUCAACAGUCAAUUGUAAUGAUAAUAUUUAUUAUAAACCAUCACCUACAUAUCAAGCUGUAAUGAAUUAUGAACAACAAAAACAUAUUCCUUAUUCAUCUGAAGGAAAAAUUUCUCGAUCAUUUCGUGCUCUUGAAGAAGAUCUAUUGUCAGUACAAGGUACAUCAAAAACGCCUAAAUCUAUUUUUGAUCAACGUCGUCAACAAUAA